AUGGCAGAUGCCAGUGAAUCUGAGUCAUCGUGCGACAGGAGCGAUGAGGACUCGUUUCUGGACGACAUGGCUGGGCGCGUAGCCAGCAUGGAACCUGUAUCCCCUGAUCUCCUCCGGGCCACUCCGGCCUGGCAGGUGCUGCAUUCCUUCGGCGCGGCAUUGCGGUGGACCCCGAAGGGUCUUUACGAGCGCAGUUUUCCGGUGAAUUGGAUCCAAGUUUUCUGGAGCCACAGCUGGCAUGGCAACAACUACAUGAAGACGCUCUUGUUGCUCUUGCUUUACAAUGGGCCUGCUGCAGCGAUAGCUGCCACGAUCACAGCUUUGCUGACGAUGUGCUUGCACAUUGCUGGAUUGUUGCCAGGUGUCCUGCGGGUGAGCACUACACCGCUGGAUCGAGGAAUAGAGAUGGUCUUUGGCCCGUGGUGCACACUGAGCGCAGGGCUUGUUUUUGUAGUUGUUCUUCUGCUGUGGAAAUCCAGGUGCCUAGUCUUCUUCGACCAAAUAUGUAUCGAUCAGACGAACCCAGACCAAAAAACACGUGGAAUCAUUGGCAUUGGUGCCAUGGUGAAGUACUCCCAGCAUUUUCUGCUUGUCUGGGACUGCACUUACGCUGGGCGCUUGUGGUGCCUGUUAGAGCUGGCCGCGUUCCUGAAAAGUCAUGAACAGCCAGAGAAGAAAGUUACUAUCAGGCUGACAGCCAUGGCUCCAUGCAUUUUGGGAAUUGGCUUUGGCCUAUGGGCUUCCAUGCUACAGGUUUUGGUUCAUGAGCGAUCUGCUUGGGACACUUUGGUCCUUGUGCUGUCACGAUGGGUCUUUUUGUACAUGGCGGCAUCCUAUAUGCGUGAUCAUUAUCGCAACGCGGAGGUUUUGCUCAAACAGCUUUCCGAUUUUACGAUCCGAGAUGCCGCUUGUCAUUGCUGCAACGACGGAGAGAUUUGUUGUGCCGAUGUUUGUGAUCGUGCGAUUAUCGGGCGAUGCAUUCAAAGCUGGCACGGGUCCGUCGAGGCCUUCGAGGUGACAAUAAGGACUCGCGUCAGGCAGAUGCUGUACCGCCAGUUGGGAGGAUUGCUGUUUCCGUAUGGUUGGCAAGUCCUUGGCGCUUUGCCUCUGUUCUGGAGCUUCGCAGAUUUAAGUGCUGCGCGUGCCCGGGAUGGACAUUGGAAGAUGGCCGCACUUGUGUUCUUAGCCGGCCUGACGUGGUGUCUCUUUCUGUUUCCUUUCGUCUUUCAAGCCACUUUACUCUUGGCAAACUUCUUCCGCCGAAAGCAGAGCCACGUAUGGCUGGACAGGCUGAAAACCAUGGUCGUGGCCUUCGUGCUGGCGGCACUGUCCUUUGGUGGCCAGUGGACGUCCCGGCUCGUGGAGGAUGCUACUUCCUCGGCUCUUUGGAUGAUGGGAAUGUUGGCUUCUGAAGAAGCCAGCAUGGUACUGGAGGCAGACGAGGAGGAAAGCUGCGAAGGAAACCUUCUCUUCCUGCUCUCUUGGUUCGCGCAGGAGCCUCGAGCUGCCCCCUGGCUCCGAUGGCUCCUCCGUGCAGAGAGCAGAAGUGACUUUUGGCAGCGGAGCGAAGACGGAGGCCUCGAGCCUCCUGGGCUUCGCAAGGAUCUGCGAUCCGCAAGCGGAGAUGUGGUGUUCAAGAGAGAGUGCGGCCGCUUGUUGACUGUGGAGCUGUCAGCGCUGGACUUGUGUCCGGUGCAUGAAGCGGCUUUGGCGGCAGCGGAUGCCGUCCUUCCGAUUGCCCCAGCUCAGCAGCUAGCAAUGCUCCGUGCAGAGCAGGCAAACCGUAAGCGGAAGACUCCGCAAGAAGCUGCGUCAACGACAGAGCUGGGCAAUGGAUGGUACAAGGAAGUCAGGAUCCGUGGUGCGGUGGCCACGACCCAGCACCAGACAGCCGAACGCUUCUCCAUGCUGGCUUGCUGCCCUCUGCGCUUUCCCCGAG